GUGAGUACACGAUGACAGAUUUUUCAUUUUUGAGUGAACUAUCCUUUUAAAGCACUGUAACUAUCAAUCAGUCAGUCAAAAAAAACAUGUAAACAUGAAGAUACACCAACAUAAUAAGCACAUUUCUGAAGCUUUAUACAGCAUAUUAUGUAAUGGGGGGAAACCUGUAUGAAGAUAUUAUACUUGUAACGAUGUGUUUGGAUUCAAAUUAAUUAUUAUCAACAACAUGUAAAUGACACAUAUACUCAGUCCUCAAUGAUAUGUUUAUAAUCAAAGGAAAAGUACGAUAUAAGCACGUACCAAACUGCAAAAACCUACGUAAAAUCGUGAAUUGCCAAUUUAUUUACUUGUCUGUGUAUUACCCAAUGGAUUUACUUGAAAACUAGACAGAUUUCUCAUCUUUUAAUCUCACCUGAGCUUUUCUCUUUCACUUGCUCUCCAGCCUGAGCAACAUAGCUUUAUCCGCGCGUCAAACUCACCCUCUCACCGGAUUGGUCGGUUUCAAUGGAGUGGGCGUGUCUAACCGGUACUUGUUAUUUAAAUGGCUUUGAAGCCUAGUGGAAACAGCACACGAGUUUACCGCACGUUACAUACAAGGAGAAACGUGGAGAUUUCUGUUCUAAUCUUUGAAUAUUUCAAGACCAUACGCGGAGAGAACAACAUCAAUGAGAAAAAUAUUGUGGAUAGUAAAACAAUUCGUGGGAUAUACAUAUGAGAACAGUUUCUUCAUUUACAAAUGACUUGACAUUUGAUUGAUGAAACCACCAGAGCAGAUGAAAAAGAAGUGACCACCUCAUCUCUGGGCCGUCAGACCUUUUUGUCAAUCAAAAGGUCCAACUGGAGCAACGAGACGCCUCCUGCGUCUGGCUCUGAACAACCCCACCAUUUCCUGCUUGUGUUGGUUUCCGUGAGUGUUUCAAAACUGUUUCUCCAACGCUUUUUCCAGAAACUCAGACUGUUUUCCAAAGCAGAAACCGCACAGACCUCCCAGACUGAGGUGAUGGGAAGUGUGCGGGCCAACCGCUACAGCAUUGUGUCAUCAGAGGAGGACGGCAUGAAGUUGGCCACUGCUGCGGUGCCAAAUGGGUAUGGUAAUGGGAAGAGCAAGGUGCACACCCGUCACCAGACCCAGAGCAGGUUUGUCAAGAAAGACGGACACUGCAAUGUGCAGUUCAUCAACGUCAGUGAGAAAAGCCAGCGCUACCUGGCCGACAUCUUCACCACGUGUGUGGACAUUCGUUGGAGAUGGAUGUUUGUCAUCUUCUGCUUGGCCUUCCUGCUGUCAUGGCUAUUUUUUGGAUGUAUCUUCUGGCUGGUCGCCAUAUUCCACGGAGAUCUGGAAAAUGGAAGUCCUAAGUGCGUUUCGAACGUAGGAACUUUCACGGCUGCGUUUCUCUUCUCCAUUGAGACGCAAACCACUAUCGGCUAUGGCUAUCGCUAUGUUACAGACGAGUGUCCCAUCGCAGUGUUCAUGGUGGUUUUUCAGAGCAUUGUAGGCUGCAUCAUUGAUGCCUUCAUCAUCGGUGCUGUUAUGGCAAAGAUGGCAAAGCCCAAGAAGAGGAAUGAAACGUUGGUCUUCAGCCACAACGCUACAGUGGCCAUGAGGGACAGUAAGCUAUGCCUGAUGUGGAGGGUGGGAAACUUGCGCAAGAGUCACCUAGUAGAGGCCCACGUUCGGGCUCAACUCCUUCGAUCUCGCACCACAGCUGAGGGCGAGUUCAUCCCUCUAGACCAAAUGGACAUUGAUGUGGGCUUUGACAGUGGCAUUGAUCGCAUCUUCCUGGUGUCACCCAUCACUAUUGUCCAUGAGAUCGAUGAGGACAGUCCUUUCUAUGACAUGAGUAAACAAGAAAUGGAAAACUCUGACUUUGAAAUUGUAGUGAUCUUGGAGGGUAUGGUGGAGGCCACGGCCAUGACCACCCAGUGCCGUAGCUCCUACAUGGCCAGUGAGAUCCUGUGGGGUCACCGCUUUGAGCCUGUCCUCUUUGAGGAGAAAAACUAUUACAAAGUAGACUACUCUCGCUUUCACAAGACCUAUGAAGUGCCCAGCACCCCCCUGUGCAGUGCUAGGGACCUUGCUGAGAAAAAAUAUAUUCUGUCCACCUCAAAUUCUUUUUGCUAUGAGAACGAGGUGUCACUUUCAAACAAAGAGGACAAAGAGGAAGGGAACGGGGAUAGCCUGGGGCCUGGAGGAACAAACACAGACACUUGCUCAGACUCUGAACACAGCCAGGCCACCAUUCCACUAGAACCGCGGCCGCUGAGGCGAGAGUCCGAAAUAUGACUUUGCAAAAGUCACGUAAAGGUUUAACAGACACCUCAUCAAACAAGCACUUUGAGCUGAACUGAGCCCUUCGGCAAUGCAGACUCAAGCUAAUCGUACAGUUGCAAGGUGGAAUCGACAGAAAAAACUGUACAAGAGUGUUCUUAAGAAUAUGCAGGGUUAUAUAAAACAGCAUAGAGGCACUGCACAGCUAAUGAAGAAUGCACAUCAAGGGGAAGAGAGGGUUACCCAAAUAGGCUACCUUUUAGACCGUUGCUUCUAAACGUCAUGAAGCAGAAAGGAUGUAACUCAUAGGCAAAACUUGAAAAUGAGCAAGCAUGUGUCCCUGUGCAUUUGUCCAAUUCAGUGCCAGAAUGAUUUCGAGCUUAGAAACAUAUUUUAAAACAUUUUAAGUCAUUCACAUAUUCUGCUACAAAAGUUGAUUUGAUGUCUGCAUUGAAAAUGUACAUGUACCCAGUCCUGUCCAUUUCAGUUGGGCAGUUUUAAUAGUAGCAAACAGGAAAAAUACACGAAUGCUUAAUAUUUACAAUAUGAAAAUCUGCAAAAAAACAAACAUUAGAAUUUAAAAGCAAUAACUCGCCACCUUUGGCACAGAAGGACUACAAAUUAGAAAUGUACAGUGUUAGUCAAUGUUUUAAGUAUAAUGAAAAGGACAUAAAAGUUCUGUUUCCACUGUGUAGUAAAUUAUUCCAUCAUCCCCUUUAUUCCUUUUCUGUUUGAGUCUGCUUGACUUAGUCUGUGCAUGCUGUUUGCUUCAGGAUAUCUGAAGGCAUGCUUUUAUGAAUCUGGGGAGAAAUGCACAGGAACAUGCCUGUUUAUUGCAAUAGAUCGGACAGGGUCUUUAGAUCAGUAUCAGAGUGAGACAUCACAGUCAUCGUGUCCGCAGGGGCAAAAAGAGUUAAUGUGUUAAUGAAUGUCUUUUUACAAGUGCUGCUAAGUUGCAUAUUAUAUAGAGUUUUAGAUGAAAACCAAAAAGAGUAUUCAAAAUUAUUUUUCAUAAAGAAUGGACAUGGGACAGUUGACAAGUCAAAACAUGGAAUAAUAUAUAUAUAUAUAUAUAUAUAUAUAUAUAUAUAUA